UGUAGUCUUAACUGUCAGCGCAAGUAAAGCAAGUUCGUACAUCUUGCCAAAUCAUGGAGGAGAAAGAUCCAGAUGUCCAUCUGCGAGCGCUUUACCGAACCGUGGGCGUAUCCUCUGUAAUUGGUAAUGUUGCCCAGCUGGUAAAGAGUCGUCGCGGAAGUCCUCCCAAAAUUACCAAAGAACAGGAGCUCCAGCAGCAUCUUGAUCGGGCCAAAGAUGCCCGGGCAGGUCGAUUGAACAUCAUCGGACCGAAGCAUCGCUUCAUUCUGGAGGGAGGCGCCCACAUAUUGAAUUUGGAUCCGGAAGUGCUGGUAGACUGCGCUGCGGACAAAAAUGAAUCGGUUCAGCAGAUGGAGCGAAUGUUCGAGGCGGAGGGCAUCAAGGGACUGUUGGUGUACUAUGGGAUGUAUUUGGCACCGGGUUUAGACUCCGGACGGUACAAUGCCAAACAGAAGCGCCAGAAACUGAUGCAGACGUUGAUCACCGAUGGUAUGGGAGAGAAGGUCACCGAAGUCUGCAUCGGAGCCUACCGACAUAAUGAAACGAGGGCCGUGGAUGUUAAAAAUUUGGGAGAGGAUAUAUUUUUGAUCGCAAUAUCUAUCCGAGAGGGAUGCUCAAUUAUACAUACAUUGACAUCUAUGCUGGAAAAUAUUAACAAACCGGCGCUUGAAACAUUGAAGGAUUACGGACAUUGUACAGACCUUCAGAAAAGUUACUUCUUUCACGGAGUUGACACAUUCAUCAAGUUUCUGAAAAGUACCGAGAAGGACAUUUCCGAGCGGAUCAUGUUCGAGGUUGACCACAAUCUGUACAAAGGUUUCCUGUUGACCGCGGUUCAGGUUGAAGAAACGAGUCGCAGCCGUGAAAAAGUGUACGUGGCCGAGCGGGCCUUUGCCUGGUGGAUGCGACAGAUCCAGUUUGCGUUAACUCAGGGCGAUCAGAUCCGCCGCGAUCCAUAUGAUGUGGGACCGUUGCAUGAACUAGAAUAUUGGCGUAGUAUGUUAACCAAGUACACGUCUAUAGCGGAGUUUAUUGAAUCAAGACCUUUCAUUGGAUAUUAUACUUGUUUGAAACUCUCGCGUUCGAAGUUAUUGAAGAAAUGGCGUCCGAUGGACAACGAAGUAACCAGCAAACUUAAUGAAUCAAGAGACAAUGUACGAUAUAUAAGCUCUAUUGAACGCUUUUGGGACCCGCUAUAUCGUUGUGAGCCCGAAGAAGUGGCUACUACAAUUUCAAGUUUAUUGACAAUUAUCAGGCAAGUGUACAAAACAUCCAGCUUUUAUAAUACAUCCGAUAGAAUUACCGGAUUGUUGUCCAAGGUGACCAAUCAAAUUAUUAUGAAUUGCCAACAAUACAUAACAUGUCGUAGAAAAAGCACGAUAUAUGAACAAAAGAAAGAACAUAUUUUAGACAAAAUACAAGUUUGCAAAAAUUUGGAUACCACCUAUCGCUUCCAUUAUUACAAAACGGUGAGCGAAAUGGAAGAAGCCUCCGAUGAGACUCCUUGGGAAUGCUCUGAUAUGUACAUAUUUGGAAAGAUGGACACCUUCAACGCACGACUGGAUAAAAUCAAAAACAUUAUGGAGCUUUACUUAAAGUAUCAGAUUAUCGAUCGUAUUGGAAUCGCUGGCACAAACACGUUCUCCAAUCUCAUCAAGAAGGCAUUUAAUUGGAUUGCAUCGAAAACGUAUGAUCCCCUGGUUCAUCGACAACAUCAAUUCGACGUUGACUACGAAGUGUUCCUAAAGGAAAUCAAAGCAGCGGAAACUGGAUUACAGAAAUUCACCAAAGAAAUGCUAUCCGUGGUUCCUACUAUAGAGAGCCGCUUAUUAAUGCUAAGCCGAUUCGAGAAGCUCCAGUUGGAUUGUCUCUGCCUUGAUCGUCGUUAUUUGGAUGUGGCAGUCAUGCUCGAGAAGCAGAUAUUUGAAAUUAAAGAUUACUACAAUGAGAACCGCGCCGAUCCACCGAUUGUUUGGUGUGUUCCAAACAGCGUUGGCCGGAUAAUGUGGGCACGGUCCCUGUUCCGUAAAAUGGAUGAUACGAUUAAGGUUUUGAAAAUCCGUAGCUGCGUGAUAGAGCACAAGAAAGCCCAGCUCUGUGUGAAAUACUACAACUAUCUAUGCGAGGUACUUCUGCAUUAUGAGAUGCUGCACCAUCGGGCUUGGUGGGAUUUUGUGAAUCAAGCUAGAGAGAAACUGGAAGCUCCGAUCUAUCGCAAAAACAUCCAUACAAAUUGGUUGGAGGUGAACUUUCAUCCUUUUCUGCGCCAAGUUAUUAAGGAGACCGAAACAGUUCUGAAAUGGGGUUUGGCAGCACCUGAUUUUGCCGUAUUGCUGGUGCUACAGAAGGAAAAUCUUUACAAUGCCUAUGAACGUGUUAAAGAUCUGCUGAAGCGUAAUAACGAAGUUAGGUUGCAAAUACCGAUUAUCUUUCUACCUUUGAUGCGCACAAUGCUGAUUAGGUUGGAGCGCAUAUUUUUACCGGGAUUGACAGUCGUUACGUGGAUGUCUAUGAACUUGAAGGACUACAUUAACCAGGUAGACCAGGUUCUUACGAUGGUUGAGCAGUUUGUCAAGGAGGUGAACGACAUCCGUGAAGCACGAAUUGAAGAUGUUCUGCAUUCUUUUGCCAAUACGGAUCUGAUUGUACUGCCCACAGAUGCAAUAACUGCCGUGCAAUUUUCGGAUAUGAAUGUCAAAUACAGGCAGACCAUUGAAAAAUAUUUGGAAAAGAAAUCCCAAGCCAUGGAGAAGGCCACGAUCGAGCUGAUAAACAAGUUUGUCGAGAACAUCGAAGUGGCAGUAUUCGACGAGAAGGGCAACCGAAAGUUCCAGCUCCCCCUGGAUCAGAUCACCGAUGAGAACAGAAGACGGGAGGAGGUCUUACCGAUUGACAAGUACGAUUGGAUAAGCUUCGAUAAAAUCUAUAAGGCUUUGGCGUAUCCGUCGCCGGAAAUGCAUAGGAAAGCAUUAUUCCAAGAUUAUACUGGACUGAACUAUGACGUAACGUUACUUCACAUUGAUUGUAUGGAAUUGUUCGCUUACUUCAACCACCGGGUAAUAUCAAUUUUCGUCCGAAUGGUAAAGGCAUCUUUGGAAAAGCUACGAACCCGCAUUAAACUGCUGAACCUCCAAAUGAACAAAGCAGCAACCCUGCGAGACAUUCAGCCACUGCUGGUAACAGAGAUGGAACUGGAACCCGAAGAGUGUGAAAUUAGACCGUCACUGGAAGGAAUACAGGCCUACUUUCAGCGGGUCAUCGUAAACGUGGUGGAAACAUUCUACGCUGUAUCGACUUGGGGUAGGCAAGCCAAGACCGAGGAGCGAAAACUGCGCCGACCGGUUCUUGAGGAGAUCCGUCACGAGCGUUCUUGGUUUCGAACGAUUUCGGAACACAAAGAAGUAUCCCGUUUUAUUCAUGAGUUUGACGGAGGGCUGUUGCUCGUUAAACCGGAUAUCCAACACGAACUUACGCUUAUGUACUCUCGUUAUGAAUACAUGUGGAAGAGUGAUCUAUUUGCAGUGCCACUCGAAGAAAAGCCCGGCUUGUUCGAACGAAUCCAGCUGGAUUUGGGGAAGAUUGAAUUCAUCACACAUGUUGGUCCAAUUUUGAUCCGAUCGGGACAUGUCAUCAAGGCCGUAUUGCUUAAGCUGUUGGACUUCUACAACAAGCGGAUAACGGAGAUAAGCAAUUUUAUAACUGAACAUGAUACUGUCCUUAAUCGAACACUGAAGGACUUGGAUGAUAUCAAAAUGGCGAUGGAAUGCCUACAAAUUGUUCAAGACAAUUUCACCUUUAUCGAUGUAGAUCUUGGGUUCAUAGAGGCUACUUACAAUACCCUUGCUGAAUUUGAUUUAGGUAUUACUAAAGACGACAAAGAUCACGUUUAUGGAUUACGAGACAGUUUUAAAACAAUGGCCAAAAAGGUUGAAAAAGUGGAAAAUGACAUCAUUGCCCUUCAAGUACCGCUGCAGAGAGAGUUAGCCGAGGGAGUGGAGCAGUUCGUGGACGAAAUAAAUGAGUUUGAUCAGGAGUUUGAAGUAAAAGGUCCCAUGGAGGAAGGAAUCUCCGCAAAGGAGGCUAGCGAUCGCGUACUGAUGUUCCAGGGAAGAUUCGAAGAACUAUGGCGCAGAUUCGAAAUGUAUGCCAGUGGUGAGGCAUUCCUGGGUCUGAAAGUGAACGAUUACCCGAUUCUGCACAAGCGUAAGAAGGAGUUCAAUCUGCUCAAUAAACUCUAUUCGUUGUAUCUGCAAGUGAUGCGCAGCAUUGACGAAUAUUACGAAACCCCUUGGGCCAAUGUCGAUAUCGAAAAGAUCAAUACGGAGUUGACAGAUUUCCAGAACCGAUGCAGGAAGCUACCGAAAGGAAUGAAGGAUUGGUUGGCGUACAUCGAUUUGAAAAAGAAGAUCGACGAUUUCAACGACAGUUGCCCUCUGUUGGAAUUGAUGUGUAACGAAGCCAUGAAGGAUCGACACUGGGAAAAGUUGGAAAACCUGUUGGGGUGUAAAUUCGAGGUUGAAUCUCCGGACUUUACGGUUGGUCAAGUAAUGCAAGCUCCUCUUCUGGAGAACAAAGACGACAUCGAAGACAUAUGUAUAGGAGCGGUUAAGGAGAAUGACAUCGAUACGAAGCUGAGGCAGAUUGUUGCGGAAUGGUCGGUUGUGAAUUUACAGUUUGCGCACUUUAAAAAUCGUGGCGAACUGUUGAUCAAACCUACUGACACAAUUGAAAUCGUUUCGCAGCUAGAGGAUAGCAUUAUGAUAGUGAACUCACUGGCUUCUAAUCGAUUCAAUGCGCAUUUUAAGAAGGAGAUUAUGCGCUGGUUACACAAGCUAGUGAAUACAGGGGAGAUUCUGGAAAAAUGGCUGCAAGUACAGAACUUGUGGAUAUAUUUGGAAGCGGUUUUCGUAGGAGGUGACAUAUCGAAACAACUACCGCAGGAUGCGAAACGAUUCGCGGGAAUUGAUAAAACCUGGGUUCGAAUCAUGUUCCGAGCAAGAGACAACCCAAAUGCUGUCGAAUGUUGUACCGGUGAAGAAACGAUGGCGAGUACUUUAACGGCUUUGCUUGAACAGUUGGAGUCCUGUCAGAAGUCGUUAACUGGAUAUCUGGAGUCGAAACGUUUGAUAUUCCCUCGCUUUUUCUUCAUUUCGGAUCCGGUGCUGUUGGAAAUUCUGGGACAGAGUUCUGAUCCUACUUCGAUUCAAAGUCACCUGUUGAGUAUUUUCGAUGCUGUAGCCAAGGUUGAAUUUGAGGAAAAUACUUUGGGAAAGAUUAUCUCUUUGUUUUCGGACAAUGGCGAAGGGGUUCCCUUGGGUAGACCCGUGCUCUGUACCGGUGGCGUUGAGAUCUGGUUGAAUCGAUUGCUGGUUGAGAUGCAGGACACAAUUCGCGAUAUUUUAGCUAACAUGGCGCAAAACCUGAACAAUCCGGAGUUUGAGUUUAUUUCCGGAUUUCAAACAUACUGUGGUCAAGCGGGUCUAGUGGGAGUACAACUUCUUUGGACCCGAGACGCAGAGUAUGCCCUGCGGAAGUGUCGAACGGAUAAGAAUAUCAUGAGGAAAACAAAUCAACGGUUUUUGGAUUUGCUGAAUAGUUUGAUUGAGCUGACUGUGAAAGACUUGACCAAGCUGGAGAGAAUUCGGUUUGAGACUAUGGUUACCAUUCACGUUCACCAGCGAGAUAUAUUCGACGAUUUGGUGCGGUUCAAAAUCAGAACACCGUUGGAUUUCGAAUGGCAGAAGCAGGCUCGAUUCUAUUACAUUGAAGAAACAGAUGACGUCAUUGUGAAGAUAACGGAUGUAGAUUUCAUCUAUCAGAAUGAGUACUUGGGAGUAACUGAACGUUUGGCUAUUACCCCGCUUACGGAUCGGUGCUAUAUUACGUUAGCGCAAGCCAUUGGUAUGUCCAUGGGUGGUGCCCCGGCUGGACCGGCUGGUACUGGUAAGACGGAAACAACGAAGGAUAUGGGUCGAGCUCUCGGGAAGCUAGUAGUGGUGUUCAAUUGUUCAGAUCAGAUGGACUUCCGAGGUCUGGGACGUAUAUACAAAGGUCUGGCCCAGUCCGGAUCGUGGGGCUGUUUUGAUGAGUUCAACCGAAUCGAAUUGCCGGUACUGUCGGUUGCUGCACAACAGAUUUACAUUGUCCUGAGCGCCCGCAAGGAAAAGAAAAAGGAAUUCAUUUUCAGUGACGGUGAUACGGUUUCGUUGAAUCCUGAGUUCGGCCUGUUCAUCACAAUGAAUCCCGGUUACGCCGGACGACAAGAGUUGCCGGAAAAUUUGAAAAUUAUGUUCAGAUCCGUGGCGAUGAUGGUUCCCGAUCGUCAAAUCAUUAUGCGCGUAAAGUUGGCCAGUUGUGGCUUCAAAGAUAACGUAAUUCUAGCUAGAAAGUUUUUCACACUGUACAAACUUUGUGAAGAACAACUUUCGAAGCAAGUUCAUUAUGAUUUCGGUUUACGAAACAUCCUCUCCGUAUUGCGUACUCUGGGCGCACAGAAGCGGGCCAAUCCAUCCGACACGGAGGAAACCAUCGUUAUGCGGGUCUUGCGUGACAUGAACGUGUCGAAACUGGUGGAUGAAGACGAACCGCUGUUCAUUUCGCUGAUUGAAGAUUUGUUCCCGGGCAUUAAGUUGAGUACUUCGAGCUACAAAGAUCUACAGCGAGCUAUUGGAAACAGUGCGGAGACCCUUGGUUUGAUCAAUCAUCCAGAGUGGAAUUUGAAAGUCAUUCAGUUGUACGAAACAUCGUUGGUGCGGCAUGGUUUGAUGACUUUGGGUCCCACGGGAGCGGGCAAGACCCGAUGUAUCCACACAUUACUGAAGAGUUUCACGGAACUGGGUAUGCCACACAAAGAGAUCCGGAUGAACCCGAAAGCAAUCACCGCUCCGCAGAUGUUCGGUCGUCUGGACGUCGCUACCAAUGAUUGGACGGAUGGAAUUUUUUCCACCUUGUGGCGCCGAACGCUCAAAUUCAAGAAAACGGAGUACGUAUGGUUGGUGCUAGAUGGUCCGGUAGAUGCUGUGUGGAUUGAGAAUUUGAAUUCGGUUCUGGAUGAUAACAAAACCUUAACGCUAGCCAAUGGUGAUCGCAUCACGAUGGCCCCCAAUGCCAAAUUAGUUUUCGAGCCGGACAAUGUAGACAAUGCUUCUCCAGCUACGGUCAGUAGGAUGGGUAUGGUGUUCAUGAGUGCCUCUGUAUUGAAAUGGGAACCGAUCCUAAAUGGAUGGCUAAAAGCAAAACCAGCGGAAGUAGCGGAUUCGCUUAGGAAGUUCUUCCAUAAAAUCUACGACGAUUUGCAUACAUUCGUACAAACAAAAUUGGCGGCCAAGAUGAAAAUAUUAGAAUCAAUCUACAUUAGACAGUGUUGUGAUAUUUUGGAAGGACUUAUUGCUCCUAAAGAAGAAGGCACAGCGAUUGAAUUACCCGACAAGCAUCUCGAACGACUGUUUCUAUUCUCGGUGAUGUGGUCGCUGGGAGCCGUUCUUGAGUUGGAAGAUCGCGAGAAAAUGGGCGAGUUCAUAGCUAAACAUCCAUCUAAAAUGAAGUGGCCUAAACUCCAACCAGGUGAAACUAUAUUUGAGUACGUUGUGUCACAGGAAGGAACGUGGGAGCAUUGGAAUACCCGAGUCGAAGAGUACAUUUACCCAAGUGAUAGCGUUCCAGAGUUCGCCAGUAUUCUGGUACCAAAUGUAGACAAUGUGCGAACUGCUUAUCUAAUCGACCUGAUUGCAAAACAAUCUAAGGCAGUUCUGUUGAUUGGCGAGCAGGGAACGGGUAAGACGGUCAUGAUUCAAGGAUACAUGCUUAAAUACGAUCCGGAGUUUCAUCUGUCGAAAAGUUUCAACUUCUCAUCUGCUACAACUCCGAACAUGUUCCAACGCAUUAUCGAAUCUUACGUUGAGAAGCGCGUGGGAACUACUUACGGUCCACCUGGGCAGCGAAAAAUGUCCAUCUUUAUUGAUGACAUAAAUAUGCCGAUUGUGAACGAAUGGGGCGACCAGGUGACGAACGAAAUCGUGCGUCAGUUGAUGGAGAACGUCGGUUUCUAUUCUCUGGACAAACCUGGAGAUUUUUCAACUAUUUUGGAUAUUCAACUACUGGCUGCUAUGAUUCAUCCAGGUGGAGGCCGCAAUGAUAUCCCUCCGCGAUUGAAACGCCAGUUCUGCGUGUUCAACUGUGCGAUUCCUAGCAACAAGUCUAUGGAUAAAAUUUUCGGAGUUUUAGGUGAAGGCUACUUUUGUGAGUCACGUUUCAAUCCGACAGUAGUCGGUUUUAUUCCGAAAUUGGUUCCAUUAACACGAAAACUUUGGCAAGCAACCAAGAUCAAAAUGUUGCCAACUCCAGCGAAAUUCCAUUACGUGUUUAACUUACGAGAUCUGUCCCGAAUAUGGCAGGGUAUGUUGACGAUUCAGACGGAAGAGUGCAAAACUAUUGAAACAGUGCUCAAUUUGUGGCGUCAUGAAUGUACCCGCGUCAUCGCUGAUCGAUGCACAAGUUUUGCCGAUCGAGACUGGUUUGUGGCAAAAAUGAGACAACUGGCCGAAGAAUUUCUGGACGGAGUAGAAAUGCAAUCAUAUACAGACGAGGAAGUCUUCUUUGUAGACUUUCUACGAGAUGCACCGGACCCAACAGGCGAGGAAGGUGAAGAUGUGAGUUUGGAACCUCCGAAGUUGUACGAAGAGAUUCCUGGUUUCGAUGACACUACAGAUCGAGUGAAGAUGUUCAUGGAACAAUUCAACGAGCAGGUCCGAGGAGCAAAGAUGGACCUCGUGUUCUUCCGUGAUGCUUUGAUCCAUCUAAUGAUAAUCUCCCGUAUCAUACGGACUCCUAGAGGCAAUGCAUUGCUGGUAGGGGUCGGAGGUUCGGGAAAGCAGAGUUUGACGAAACUAGCGUCGUUUAUCGCCGGCUACAAAUAUUACCAAAUUACGUUAACAAGGGCAUACAACAUAAACAAUUUGAUGGACGAUCUACGUUACUUGUAUCGUGUUGCUGGUUUGGAAGGUCAAGGAAUCUCAUUCAUUUUCACAGAUAAUGAUAUUAAGGACGAAGGGUUCUUGGAAUACAUCAACAAUGUGUUGAGUUCCGGCGAAAUCGCAAACCUUUUUCCGAAGGAUGAUUUGGAUCAAAUACUAAAUGACUUGAUUCCAAUAAUGAAAAAGUUGGCCCCAAAACGCAUUCCUACUCAAGAUAACUUAUAUGAUUACUUCAUAUCACGUGCUCGUGCAAACUUGCAUAUCGUUCUAUGCUUUUCACCAGUUGGAGAAAAGUUCCGCAACAGAUCGUUGAAGUUCCCUGGCCUUAUAUCCGGAUGCACAAUCGAUUGGUUCCAGCGCUGGCCGAAGGAUGCUUUGAUAGCCGUAUCGAAUCACUUCCUUAAAGACUACAGCGUGGUUUGCAAACCGGAAGUCAAGAAGGAUCUGAUUGAGAUCAUGGCGUUCGUGCAGGAUAAAGUUGCAGAAAUAUGCGUUGAUUACUACGAACGUUUCCGACGGCAAGCUCACGUUACGCCGAAGUCGUUCCUGUCGUUCUUGGAGGGCUACAAAGUAAUUUACAAGGAGAAACACGACAAUAUUGCGGUACUGGCCAGUAGGAUGCAAACCGGUAUGGUCAAGCUGAUUGAAGCUGCUGAAUCGGUGGACAUACUGCGAGUCGAAUUGGAAGAAAAAGAGAAGGACAUAAUCAUAGCUACUGAUGCGGCGGAAAUCGUGCUGGCGUCGGUAACCAAGUCACAGCAAGACGCAGAGGUUGUCAAGGCACAAGUCAUGACUGUUAAAGAACAAGCGGAUAUUUUGGUUGCUCAAAUUGCCGUUGAUGAAGCGAUAGCAAACGAAAGUCUGAAAGCUGCAGAGCCUGCACUUCUUGCCGCAGCAGCUGCACUCGAUACCAUCCAACAGUCGGACAUCGCGACUGUCAGAAAACUUGGCAAGCCCCCAUACUUGAUCACGCUGAUUAUGGAUGCUGUGUUGAUCCUGUUCCAGAAACGAGUACUGUCUGUGAAACCAGAUCCCGAACGCCAGUUCCUGUCCGCUUCUUGGGAGGCCUCUUUGAAGCUCAUGUCAGAAACCGGUCUGUUGAAUAAACUCCAGAAUUUCAAGAAAGAUUUGAUCAAUGCCGAAAUGAUAGAUCUUCUGAUACCGUACUACAAAUAUCCACUGUACACUAUUGAGGCAGCCAGGGCAGCUUGCGGUAAUGUUGCUGGACUUCUUCAGUGGACCGUAGCUAUGGGUAACUUUUUCGAAAUCAACAAAGACGUACUUCCUUUGAAAGCGAAUUUGGCAAGACAGCAAAAGAAAUCGAAAAUAGCUCAAGCCCAGCAAGCACAAGCUGAAGAACAACUGUUGGCCAAAGAAGCAGAACUUGCUCAGGUUCAGCAGGAGUUCGACGAAGCAAUGUCUAAGAAGCAAGCUGUUUUGGAUGACGCAAAAAUGUGUCAGGACAAAAUGGAUGCUGCGACGGCUUUGAUCAAUGGUUUAGCAGAUGAAAGGGUCCGUUGGACAGAGCAACUGUCUCAAUUCAAGAGCGAAACAGACCGUCUAGUUGGUGAUGUGCUGAUUCUCACCGGCUUUCUCUCAUACACGGGUCCUUUCAAUCAAGAGUAUCGAAAUUUGUUGCAAAAGGCUUGGCAACAGGAAAUGCAAAAUCGCAAAAUACCCGUUUCGCUGAAUAUAAACGUGAUGGAACAACUUACAGAUGAUGCUACCAUUGGCGAGUGGAAUCUUCAAGGAUUGCCAAACGAUGAACUGUCUGUCCAGAAUGGUAUCAUUGUGACAAAAGCGGCACGGUAUCCUUUGUUGAUUGAUCCACAGUCCCAGGGUAAAAUCUGGAUUAAAAAUAAGGAAAAGGAACAUGGCCUGAUCGUUACUUCAUUGGAACACCGUUUCUUCAGAAAUCAUAUCGAAGACUGCGUAUCACAAGGAGUGCCACUGCUUAUCGAAGAUGUUGGCGAGGAGCUGGAUCCAAUUCUGGACAAUGUGCUUGAGAAGAAUUACAUCAAGAUGGGUAACACGUACAAAGUGAAGGUCGGAGAUAAAGAGGUCGACGUUCACUUCGAUUUCCGGUUGUACAUCACAACGAAGCUUCCGAAUCCAGUUUAUACGCCAGAAAUAUCGGCACGAACAUCGAUAAUCGACUUCACUGUGACGAUCAAGGGUUUGGAAGAUCAGCUUUUAGGACGAGUAAUUCUAACGGAGAAGAAAGAACUUGAAUCGGAAAGAACCAACUUGAUCAAGGACGUCACAUCCAACCGUAGAAAGAUGCAAGAGUUGGAGGCGAAUCUGCUGCACAAACUCUCGACAACCGAAGGAAGUUUGGUCGAUGAUGUGACAGUCAUUGGGGUACUGAAUACAAGCAAAAAUACCUCAAUUGAAGUCAGAGAGAAACUGAAGAUUGCGCGGGAAACGGAGAUUAAGAUCAACAAAGCCCGUGAGGAAUACCGACCCGUUGCGACUAGAGGUAGCGUACUGUACUUCUUGAUUUGCAGUAUGUCGAUGGUUAACUGUAUGUAUCAGACAUCGCUGGUGCAGUUCUUGGAGCGUUUCGACGUUUCCAUGGCUCGUUCGGACAAACAUAUUGUCACGUCUCGAAGAAUUAACAACAUAAACGAAUACUUAACGUACGAUAUCUUCAAGUAUAUCUGUCGAGGAUUGUACGAAGUUCACAAAUAUCUGUUUGUCCUUCUAAUGGCACUGAACAUUGAUCUGGAGAAGAAGACAGUCACACAUCAGGAAUUUCAAGCCUUCAUCAAAGGGGGAGCUGCAUUAGACAUCAAUACCUGCCCACCGAAGCCAUUUAAAUGGGUUGCAGAUAUUGCGUGGUUGAACUUGGUUCAACUUUCAUCAUUGCAACAGUUUAGCGAAAUUCUAGACCAUAUAGAUCUCAACGAGAAGGGUUGGAAAAGUUGGUUCUCGAAGGAAGCUCCUGAGGAAGAAAUUAUUCCAGACGGCUACCAGAAUAUAGAUGCAUUUAGAAAACUACUUCUGAUACGAGCCUGGUGUCCCGACAGAACCCUAUCUCAGAGCAGAAAGUACCUUGCGAUGUCGCUAGGGGAGAGGUUUGCUGAUCCGGUUAUUAUAAACUACGACGUUAUGUUGGAGGAAAGUCGCCCAUUAACUCCUCUGGUUUGCUUCCUGUCGAUGGGAUCGGAUCCUACACCGAGCAUUGAAGCACUGGCCAAGAAAAACGCCGUCAAGUGUCGAUCAAUCUCGAUGGGCCAAGGGCAGGAAGUACAUGCCCGGAAGCUCAUAGCGACAUCACUGGAAGAAGGUUCCUGGGUACUUUUGCAAAACUGUCAUUUGGGGCUGGAAUAUGUCAGCGAGCUUAUGCUUCUGAUAAUGGAACUCGAGAAAACCGGCACGGGAUUUCAUCAGGAUUUCCGAGUUUGGGUGACCACAGAACCACACCCACGGUUUCCGAUCACGUUCCUCCAGACGUCGGUAAAGUUCACCAACGAGCCGCCUUCGGGCGUGAAGGCCGGUUUGAAGCGAACCUACGGGUCGAUGACGGUAGAAAUGUUUGAGUACAGCGAAUCCCCGUUCUAUGUGCCGUUAGUUUUUGGAAUUUCGUUUCUGCAUACCGUGGUCCAAGAGCGGAGAAAGUUCGGCCCGCUGGGGUGGAACAUCCCGUAUGAGUUCAACUCGGCGGAUUGGUUGGCAAGUUGUAUGUUUGUUCAAAAUCAUUUGGACGAUUUGGAUCCGAAACGUGGUAUCAGCUGGAAAACUGUGCGCUACAUGUUGGGCGAGGUGCAAUACGGGGGUCGCGUGACGGAUGAUUAUGAUAAACGACUGUUGAAUACGUUUGCCAAGGUUUGGUUCUCCGAUGCUAUUUUCAUGGAGGAAUUCAGCUUCUUCAGAGAGUAUAGAAUCAUGAAAUUCAAAUCGCUGGAGGAGUACAUGGAAGCAAUCGAGCUGAUGCCGCUGGUAGAUCCUCCGCAGGUUUAUGGUUUGCAUGCGAAUGCCGAUAUCACGUAUCAAAGUAACACUACGCAGGAGAUUCUCGAUACGAUCGUGUCCAUUCAACCAAAAGAAUCCUCCGGUGGAGGCGGAGAAACUCGCGAAGCUACUGUUGCCAGAUUGGUAACCGAUAUGCUGACAAAAGUGCCCGCUCCGUAUGAUCCAUACGCCGUGAAGGAACGCCUCAAGAUAAUGGGUCACUUGGGAUCGAUGAACAUUUUCCUUCGACAGGAAAUCGAUCGUAUUCAAAAGAUAAUUCUAUUGGUUCGAACAACGUUGAAGGAUUUGCUAUUGGCUAUCGAUGGUAUAAUCAUCAUGAAUGAGCAACUGCGAGAUGCCUUGGAUAACAUUUACGAUGCUCGCGUGCCAGAAGUCUGGAAGCGAGGAAGCUGGGCAUCGGCUUCGUUGGGAUUUUGGUUUACUGAGCUGAUCGAGAGGAAUAACCAGUUCUAUACGUGGUGCUUCAAGGGUCGCCCAAAUAUGUUCUGGAUGACGGGAUUUUUCAACCCGCAGGGUUUCCUUACUGCCAUGCGACAAGAAGUAGCCCGAGCCCAUAAAGGAUGGGCCUUGGAUGUUGUAACGUUGCAUAAUGACGUUACCAAGAUGCUAACCGAAGAGUGCAAGCAGCAUCCCGACGAGGGCGUUUUUGUCUACGGUUUGUAUCUGGAUGGGGCUGGAUGGGAUCGACGGAACAACCGACUGCAAGAAUCGAUCAACAAAGUACUCUACACUGCCAUGCCCGUUAUACACAUAUAUGCAAUUAAUUCCACUGCACCGAAAGAUCCCAAGCUCUAUGAAUGUCCAGUUUAUAAGAAAUCGAAUCGAACUGACCUCAACUACAUCACACCCCUCUGGUUACAAACAUUGAAGGCACCAGAUCAUUGGAUUCUACGAGGUGUUGCAUUAUUAUGUGAUAUAAAAUAGAAGGCUGCUAAUUAGUGUUAUAGAUGUUUUUUUUUGUUGUUGAAUAUA